UAAAAAGCAUUGCCAUAAAAUCCAAAGAAAGCCAUUUUUUAAAUUUGGAGACACUCUUAAGCUAUAUAGUCUCAUUCGAGCUGUAAGUCCCCACUCUGCCCCCUUCCCACUUCAAUCUUAACUCUUCCUUCUUCCUUUAACUUUUUCCCAAUGGAGAGUAGCUUCUCUUCUCCCCGGAACGAUUCGUUUCCGGCUGGCCUCCGGGUCCUCGUCGUCGACGACGAUCCCACUUGGCUUAAGAUCUUAGAAAAGAUGCUCAAGAAGUGCUCCUACGAAGUGACUACCUGUGGUUUGGCAACAGAAGCUUUAUGCUUGCUUCGAGAAAAGAAAAAUGGAUAUGACAUUGUAAUCAGUGAUGUGAACAUGCCCGACAUGGAUGGUUUUAAGCUUCUCGAGCAUGUAGGACUUGAGAUGGAUCUUCCAGUUAUUAUGAUGUCUGUUGAUGGAGAAACGAGUAGGGUUAUGAAAGGAGUUCAACAUGGAGCGUGUGAUUAUCUUCUUAAGCCGAUAAGAAUGAAAGAACUACGUAAUAUAUGGCAGCAUGUCUUUAGAAAGAAGAUACAUGAGAUAAAAGACAUUGAGAGUCAUGAAAGCCUCGAAGGUAUUCAGCUUAUAAGAAGUGGAUCAGAUCAGUAUGAUGAGGGAUACUUUCUUAGUGCAGAUGACCUCACUUCAUCGAGAAAAAGAAAGGAUGUCGAUAACAAAUAUGAUGACAAAGACUUUGCUGAUUGUUCAUCUACAAAAAAAGCUAGAGUUGUUUGGUCUGUAGAUCUUCAUCAGAAAUUUGUAAAAGCAGUACAUCAGAUUGGAUUUGACAAAGUUGGUCCGAAGAAAAUACUAGACCUGAUGAACGUGCCUUGGUUGACAAGAGAAAAUGUUGCUAGCCACUUGCAGAAGUACCGGCUCUACUUGGGUAGGCUGCAAAAAGAAAAUGACCUUAAAUCUUCUUUUGGUGGGUUGAAGCGUUCCGAUUCUCCCUCAAAAGAUGCUCAAGGAAGUUUUGGCCUUCAGAACUCGAUCAGCAUUCAACAAAAUGAUCUUGCUCAUGGCAGCUUCAGUGUUUCUGGCAAUAACUUAAUUGCUCAGUGUGUGGAUCCGAAGAGCCAUGAGGGUGAUGCAAAGGGGAUUGUUUCAGAGCCUGUAGCAGAAAUUAAGAAAGGUUCGAACAGAAAUAUUCCUGAUUCUCAAAAGACCAGGAGUUUACAGAUCGUGGACUUCAAUAAUUCUUGUGUAGAACCCAAAAACGGUGCGAUUGGAAAUGUUCCUGAUUCGCAGAAGAUCAGGAUUUCACCACUGGACUUCAAUAAUUCUUAUGCAGAAACCAAAAAAGGUUUGAAUGGCAAUAUUCCUGAUUCUCAGAAGAUUAGGACUCCGCAGGUGCGCCCCAGUCAUUCAUUUACGUCAGUAGAAUCUGAAGUAAACUUCACAGAAUUUGAAUCCACUAUCCGGACAAAGUAUUCUUGGAACGAAAUUCAAUUGAAAAAAGAGCAGAAGCCACUUAUUCAGUUGAACAGUGGAUUCAACAAGCCACCACUGUCCGGUCCACACAACCAUUUCCAAGUUGAUCGACUACAAUCAAUUCCUUCCAUUAGUCCAAGACCUUCUAUCGUGGAGGGAGAUGUGACUGGCCCUGCUAAGAGUAAGCCUUCGUACUCUGAGUACAUAAAUAAUCAGGGUAGCCAAGUAAGUCCAACAAUAAGCACGGCAGACUCCUUUCCUGAUCAAAUCAAGAGCUGUGUUGUAAACCAUCAAGUUUCUGAGACCAUUUCCAGUAGUACAUCAAACAUGAAGAACCAGGGCUUCAACUUGAGUAGCAUUACUGAUUUGGAAUCCGCCCAAAGGAGCCUAAUCGUGGGAAGUGCAUCACCUUUUGCUUCUUUGGAUGACGACUUUCAAAUUUGUUGGUUUCAAGGUGAUUGCUAUGGCAUGAAUCUCGGACUUCAAAACAUAGAGUUCCCGGAGUACAAUGAUCCUGCACUUAUUUCUGAAGUUCCUGCUCACUUGUACGAUGCACUGAGAUUUGAUUAUCCAUGUGACGUGACCCAUCAGAAUAUUCUGUCAUAGAUCAAGGUCUAUUCAUAUCGUGAUAUGCCCCUGCGCCGGCACUCUUCUUUUGCACAAUUCAACGAAGAAUGAUCUAUAGCUUUUUCCGUUUUGGUAAGCCAACAUAAGUUGAGUAUCCCAACUUAACGAAUCUGGAUAUUAUAUCUCUGACCGGUUUGGAUUUGAAUGUCGAAAUGUUUACAAUAUGAGUGAUGCAAAACCCUAGCAUAAUAAGCUUUCUUGUUUAAAUUUGAUGAGAUGUGCACCAGAUUUCUUGUA